UGCAUUGAUCUGUAUUGCUUCUAUUUUGAUGUACUGUAUGAUAUUUGAUGAAUUUGGUGUCCGAUUAACAAAAGUAAACUUUUUACUCAUUAAACAGGUAUCGUGAGAGAAUACUUUACUCCCAUCUAGCGGGUGAAUGACUUUACUGCACAAGUUGCUUUGCAAAUUUAAAUACCGUAUUGUAAAGUACUGCAGUGGGUUCAAAGAUCUGAAAAUAGUUUAAAAUGAAAAAAUUAACAGUUUUCAUUUAUUUUUACAUAUACAUGUAAAAACAUGGAUGUCAAAUAAUGUGAAAAGUUGCAAAGGAAUAUUUGCUAAAUUACCGACACUUUCCCUCUGUACUUGAAUGCAUCAUGAGAAAACCAUGUGUCCGUGGAGUGACGUCAGCACUCUGGCGAGCUCCCAUUGGUCGAUCGGCGAUUAAGGGGAGGUGAGCUGGCUAAGAAGAUAAACAUGAAGCUGAAGCUUCAUCGAAGAGCCAUGUUUAAAAGUACGUAAACGAAAAGGGACAAAUUUCAAAAGCAGCCAUGGUGGAAGUGUUCGCUGGCCGCACUCUACUCAACAAAGACGGCGACUUUGUAGAGCCCGAGGAAGCGCUGCGGAAUAAGGUGGUGGGCAUCUACUUCUCGGCAGGUUGGUGUCCGCCUUGCCGUGACUUCACCCCCGUCUUGUGUGACUUCUAUACGGAACUGGUGGAAGAGGGCGAGCCCCCCGCGCAGUUCGAGGUGGUCUUCGUGUCGUCGGAUAAAUCCACCGAGGACAUGGUGGAGUACUACCACGACAUGCACGGCGACUGGCUGGCAUUGCCCUGGACGGACGAUUACAAGUACGAGUUGAAGAAGCGCUACAACAUCACGGCCGUGCCAAAACUGCUGAUCGUGAAGGAGAAUGGUGAUGUGAUCACUGACAAAGGCCGCAAGCAGAUCCGGGACAGAGGCUUGGCCUGCUUUCGUACCUGGCUGGAGGCUGCUGAGAUCUUCCAGAAUUUCAAAGGCUAAGAACUGUCUUUUCCCAACCUUUAUUAAGCCAAUGCAGAUAUAAAUCUCACGGCUCACUAGCAGACAUGAGUAUCACAUAAGGUCGUCCCAGACUUAUGUAUUUAAUUUAUUUACAUUUUAAUAAGCUAUGCAUUUUGAGAAAAAGCUCUGGUCCAUAUUUUGCGUUACAUGUCAUUUUUGAUGUGUAAUUUCACAUCCAUCAUACAGUACUUUUUUAUACUGUUUUUAUGUGUUAAUAAAAUAAUAUUCUAAAGA